AUGAGUAGCUCGGAGUCAGAUGCAGAGGCACCCCUGCAAGAAAGCGACCGCUCGACUUCCAGCUUGGGUUGCAACUUCUUCUGCCUUGCGUUUGAAGAGGCAUUGGUUCUAUGUCUCAUUAUUGGGGUUUUUUGUCAGGAUCUUGAGGCUCGCCCAGACAAGUGGCACAUCAUUGUCAUGCAGCUUGUGGGCAUCUUUCUGUUCCAUGUCCUCCUUCAAUGUUUCUUGGAUUCUGGUGGUCCCGUCACUGCUGGGCUGGAGGCCAUACAGGACGACAUGCCACAUGCCGACUUCCAGCAGCUUUUCGAUCAGUUGCAUAGUGCCGCGCCGAGUAUCGAGCACGUCGCCGAGGGCAUAAAAACAGGGAGAAAGGCUAUCGGUGGCGGCAGAAAGCUAAACUAUCAAGUUCUGCACAAGCAAACCGCGUCACAGACCUUCGCCUUCACAAGCUGGCGCGAUGUGUCAGACCCGGUAUCAGGUUAUGAAGACCAUCCCUUUGCACAAGUGACGAUCACUGCAGAGUAUGAGUGUUUCGACGAGGCAACAGCUGCCAAAGCAUCCAUGGAGAAGCAGGCUCUUAUGGCGGAGUGUGCGCGAAAAGCCCCAAGUGGAACUCAAAACUUCCAUGACAUCAACAAGGUAACGUUGACUCCGAGCACGGGUGUGAAGCCGGUGGAAGGUCGCCAAGAUUACGCCGUAACCCGCCCGGGCGAGAGCAUCCCAUGCUGGCUGUCCCUCAAGGUCUACAAGACUGGGUCAUAUCUCCUCCCAUUGUUUGGGACGUGUUAUCGGUUCCUCUUUCUCCGCACUGUUCCACACCUCCACUACAAGAUCGUCAAGCAGGUGUCCGUGUUGCGGCAGGGAGGUGCGGACUGGCGAGCUCGCUAG